CCUCUCUUUUUCCUCCCUUUUCGUCGCCCUUUUCCGUCGGCUGACGUCACCCACCCUCGCUAUCUCCCUCUUCGAGAACUCGUGGCUCACAAAGCCUCCCUCUCUCGUACCCACACACGCACGCACGCACUCUCUCUCUCUCUCUCUCUCUCUCUCGGAGAACCAUUACAACAAAGCCAUGCGAUCCGAGUCUGUGUCGAAGUUGAUGAGAGGAGUGGCGAUCGGUCGGAUGGGAGGGGAUGUCUGACGCAAAGGACCCCGCGAUCAAGCUCUUCGGAAGGACCAUCCCGCUUCCGGAGAGCCUACCGCCGCCUCCGGAAGAGGAGGCUGAGCAGACGGCGAUUCCCGAUGCAACUCCAGCGACGGAGGCGGAUGACGGCGAUCCGGAUGCAAGCAAAGAAGUAACAAACAUGGAAGUCAACAAUAUUACAGCUGUUGCUUCUAGUGAAAGAAAUGAGGAUGGUCCAACUUGUUCCAUUGGUUUGAACAGUAGUAAUGAAAAUGAUCAUGACAAAGAUUCCAGAGAGGAACAUAACAAGUCUGAUGCUGAAGGCUCUGCUCAAGCAAAGGUCCUCAGGAAACCAGAUAAAAUUCUGCCAUGUCCUCGUUGUAACAGUAUGGAUACUAAAUUCUGUUAUUAUAACAACUACAACAUUAACCAACCUAGACACUUCUGUAAGAAUUGCCAGAGGUAUUGGACUGCUGGGGGAACAACAAGGAAUGUUCCUGUUGGUGCUGGAAGGCGUAAAAGUAAGCACUCUGCAUCACAAGUCCGUCAGAUAAUGUUGCCAUCAGAUGGAUUGCAAUCUGCUGGACUAGAAACUUCUGAUUUACCUCAUCAUCUGACUCUUCCUUGUGGCUUUUCUGCCCCUACAAGACCUUUGAUCAGAAAUGGAACUGUUCUUAAAUUUGGGACAGAGGUGCCUCUUUGUGAAUCCAUGGCCUCUGCACUCAAUAUCAGAGAGAAAAACAGAAAUGGUGAUAUCAGCUCUAUACUAUAUGGGGAAAACGAGGGGCCCUCAUGUGCAUCUUCUGUAAAUGGCUCCAAUUUUGUUGAAAAUGGAUUAGCAGGAAAUCCAACCCAAAUCGAACAGAAUGGCAUGCAGGGAUAUUGUAAUGGAGUUACAACAAUGCCUCAGUUUUCAUGUUAUCCUGUGGCUCCAUGGGCUUAUCCCUGGAGUCCAGGAUGGACUAAUGUUGCUCCUAUAGUGAGAUGCUCGCCUGAAUUUGUUCAAAGACCAGAAAAUGGUAAUCCAAGUCCAGUUCCAUGGAACCCCCCAUUGAUGGUGGGAGGCCCUGCUUUUUGUCCUCCAUCGCUUCCUUUUCCGUUCAUGCCAGCUUCUUCUUGGGGAUGCAUUUCCAGCUGGCCUAAUGGAGCGUGGAAUGUGCCGUGGCUUGGUUUCAAUAGUGGGAUACAUAGAUCAUCUUCUACGAGCAAUAGCGGAUCUUCAGGAAAUGGUUCCCCAACCUUGGGUAAACAUUCAAGAGAUGCUACCUUACAGGGUGAGGAGAAGACAGGGAAGUCUUUAUGGGUUCCUAAAACUCUUAGAAUAGAUGAUCCUGAUGAGGCUGCAAAAAGCUCAAUAUGGGCUACUCUUGGUAUUAAGCCAGAAGUUGGUAUUUUCGAACCUCUCAAAUCCAAGGCCGAAAGUAAAGCUCGGACGUCAGAUGCUGCACAUCUUUUGCAGGCAAAUCCUGCAGCAUUAUCCCGCUCUCAUUCUUUCCAGGAGAGCACAUAAGAGAAUUUAUUUGGUAGUUUUCUGGGUUCUAUUUCAUAUCUGUGCAAAAAAGGAUGCAUCGGGUUGUAGCUUCAACAUGGCAACUUCAUGUGCAUUUAUAAGUAUUAUAAGUGUAACAUCCAAGAUAAAGCUUGUCCUAGGUUUACCAGUGCUUUCAAAAUUUCCAUAGGAAAAUGCCAGACUCAUCAAUAAUUUAUUAUAGUCCCAAAUUUCAUGUUGUACAUAAUAGAGAGUGGUAUUGGUGCAAGUUUCUUACAAGAAAUAGUGUUUGUUGACUCUCCUGUGAUGCGGUCAGGAAUUGACAAAAUGGCAUACAGGUCCAGAAUGGAAGAUUCAGUUCAUAACUAUCACAGAAAAGCAUGCUUCAGUUAUGAAAGGUCUGAAUCUUUAUAAGUUAUUCUUGACCUUUUUGUGUUUUUUAGGGGUUUGACUUUGUGACAGACAUCAGUUGAGAAUCUGUAUGAACCUAAGUGGUAUCAAUGAUUUUCCUCUGAUUAAUGAAGAAUAUGUGUUACUAAUUCAGAGUCUUCAUCUCUUUUUGAUUAAUCCAUUUCAUGUAGCCUGAAUAUUUGUCAUCCGUAAUACAGGGGCUUUACUAGCAUCAGGAGGUGAGCUUUUUGGUCCCAUCAUAUCUGUGUGGCAUUUGCUACUUUAAUUUAACCUCUUUUUCCUUGUUCACAUAUAAAGUGUAGGCAUUCUUUUUAUGUUGCCAUUUGGAAUCUUCUCCCGGGAUAAAAUGGUCUUAUUUGUUCCCAAAUAAUGCAGAUUCUGACCACCUGCAAAGGAAGAUAUGGUAUCUGGAAUAUGUCACUUGUCUAUUGUAAAUGUCGGCCAACCAUUGACAGUAUGUGGAGUUCCACUUCUUAAGUUAGUCAGAAAUUUCCUAGAGUACAUUUAUAUCACAAAUGAUUUUUCUAUAAUAUUAAUUCUCUUUCAAGAUUAAUGUUACCCAAAAAUUUUACAUAUACAUUAAUGUUCUUUUACGGAAUUUUUUUCUUCAAGAUUUCUUUCCAGCAGUACAUUAGCUUAUUUAUUUCAUAUCAAUGAUCUAGAAAUGUGCUUAUCAUUGGAAAAUUAUUCUUUUUCUCUUUCCUUUAAGAAAGUCAGAUAUUCACUCCUGCAUGCCUAAAGGAAAAGAGAGCCUGAUUGUUAUUUUAUAUCAAUGAUUACUGCUUCACUUGUUAUGGUAUACCUGCAAAAUCUCUCAGUAGGUGCUAUAUCCAGAUGUUUAAGCCUUUCUCGAAGCCUCAUUGAUCCAAUCCAAGUAUUUUGUCAUCUGUUUUGCCUUUGUGCCAACCUUGGUUCCAAUGCUUGCUAGUGAACUAUGUUUUGAGUCUUGGUUACUGAUAACCAGUGUAGCAUUCUUUUCUGUUGCUUGCCUUUCUGCUGUGCAUAAAACUGCCCUCAAAGCUGCUUGUUUCUUCUUUCCGACACUUUCCAAAUAGUCCUGCUUUCAUUCAUUACCGGUGACAAAUUCUGCUUUUCUUGAACUGCUGCAGGUUUGUGGUUACUUAUUUGUGGCAUGCCUGUUAUUUACAAAGAUAAUAGCUUUACCUGAUGCAGUAAAAUUACGAACAUUAGUUGACUUAGAGUCUACAUUCUUUUAUGAGCAUUUAAAUCUUGGUAGAUUCCGUUUGUUGGACAUUUGUGUCAUCAUGACACUGUUUGAACAUAUAGCAGCAAGCAAUUUUCAUUUCCACAUACUUCAUCAAUGUAGCAUGUAUUGACCUAUUCACUGUUGAAUGAGUUGGCCUAUGUAUCUUUUGUUCAGUAAGCAGGUUGUUGUAGUAAAGCUUCUUGCUUCACAGCAACUCAUAUCAAGCUAAUUGCUUGGCCUCAAAAGUCCUGGAUGUUCAUGCUCUCUUGUUUUACCUUCUAUACUCGUAGUCUUGACAUUCAAACAACACGGUACACAAUUCCUUCAAUCAGAUUUGUUAUUAUCUGGAGUAUUUAAGUAUUUAAGUAAUAGCAAUUUGCAUGUUUUCAUUAAUUUGAUGCUUCUUCAUCUCAUUUUCUUACAUUGCUUCUUCUGGACCUGACAGCAUCACAAGUAAGGUCUCUUAGUAUCUGCCUCGUGGUUUCCUGUAGAAUUCUGGAACUUA